CUCGGAUCUGCAGCAUGGUUUGCAGGAGAGGGACGUGCUGUCAACGUGGAGAGCCUUCAACCGUGUGCAGAGUGCAACAAUUUGCAAGAGAUGGAUGAGCGAACGGAGAAACCGCAGAAGGUGGAGGGUGGGAGGGCGGCGGGGCGGCCUGCGCUUGCUUUCGACGCACCUUCCACAGGUCGGCCCGUGGAUGCCUUCCAGCUGGAGAUGAUUCCAGGCAACCACUAUGGCAGAACCUGGAUGGUCGACGUGCAACCUUCCUUUGAGGUACGUACGCGAAAAAUGAAUGAAGGCUGAAUGGAAUGUAAGGCGGAUGGGAUGGGUGGAUGCAUUGGCUGGCAGGUGUUUGAUCUGGUGCUUCUGGUGCAAGAGAAGAUCAGCGUGCCCGCCGAGGCCAUAUGGCUGUUGCAUGCCGACAAGCCGCUCUACACGCUCAACAGCACUCUCGGCGACUACGGCAUACGGCCCAACAGCGUGAUACGGUCCAAUGUGCGCUUCUUUAUCCAUGGUGCCCGUCGGCUCACGCCUUACGGUAAGGAGGGUGCAGGUGAAGCAAGCAGUAUGUGUAUGUGUAUGUGUAUGUGUGUGUCUGUCUAUAGACGUGUGUUUCCCUUCAGAUUCCGUGCAAGGGCCGUGGAAUGUGAGUGCAGUGUGCGGUAUGAAGACCACCCAGAUGCGCACGGUUGGUGUGUGGUGUGCUGUGCUGUGCUGUGCUGUGCAGGAGGUGGUGAUCCCCUCACUCGUGGACAAGUACUGUGACAACGCGGACAGACUGGCCAACGCACACGCAGCUGCACAGGAAAUGGUACGGACAGGCAUAACUCAGUCUCAUCAUAUGUGUGUAGGUACGCUGCGUCCACCAUCGUGCCUCUCUCUGUCAGGUGUUGCAGAUCGUAUCGGUUGACGACGAGAGUGGGGUGCCCGUCCUAGGGCUGUUCGCCAUCCGCGGAAAGGACACGGUGCAGCAGGUGGACGUCUACCGUGGCGUGGGAGAGGUGCGCGAGCGGCUGUCGCGCAUCUCGCCCGCCGCGGCCGACCAAGCGGCGGACCUUCUAGCGUCGGUGGAUGACUUUGAGAAGGUGUCAUCGGUGCGGCGGGCGCAGAGGCGGCUGGCUGCCGUCAGGACGGGCCGGGGGGCUGUGUUCGAAUUGUUGGAGCAACUCAAUCAGGCAAGUGGAGAGGGGGCGGGGUAGGGCAGAAGACAACGCAUUUUUCGGUCUUUCCAUCAGGAGCGUUUGAUCAAGAAGGAGCGCGACACUGCCGUCAGUCAGGCAAGCAAGUGGGAGGGAAGGGGGAAAGAAAUGAUUGAUGUGCGGGUUUGUUUACCGUCCACCCCUCAGAUCAAAAAGGCACACGACUGCACCGUUGCCCAGCUCAACAGAACCAUUCGGUGCGAAAGGGGAUCGACUCCAUUUAUCCAUUCAUCGCUUCUUUUGUCGGCAUGUGCAGGGAGAAGGACAGCGAGCUGCAGCGCCACGUGGCCGACAGGAAGGCCAAGGCCGCCCUCCUCACCCUCAAGGACAACACCAUCACGUCGCUCAAGCAGGAGAUCGCCGCACACCGCACCCAGAUCGACCGGCUCGAGCAGCAGACCGCUACACUCGAGAGGGAGCGCCUCACCGACGACCGGCUGCGUCAGUGUGGGUCUGCAGCUGAGAUUGAGUGCAUAAUGGGGCGGGCGGAUGAGGAGAUGGGGCGGCUGCCGGGCUUCAAGCGGCGUGCUGAGGCGCUGCACGACGAGAUGAAGAGGAGGGAGGAAGAGAGCGACCGCAUGUGUGUCGCCUGCAAGGAGAGGGAGAAGACCGUCACACUGCCGUGUGGUCAGUCAGCUACAGAGACAGAAUGAUGACGUUCACCGCCAUGUGUGUCUCUGUGGACAUGCGUGUGUGCAGGACAUGUGUGCUAUUGCGAGGAGUGCUACCGGCCCAUCCUGUCAGGCCCACCCGAGAGGCCAGCUGACGGCAAUGGCAAUGGCGAUGAUGAAGACGAGGAGAUGGCCGAGGAGCCGGGACCCAGAUGUGGCCUCUGCCGCAAACCAUUCUCGUGAGUGCCGGCCAGGGAAAGCUUCGCUUCAUGUGUUCAUGAGCAUCGCACGAAUGGGUGCGUGGAUGUGUUGCAUGGCCAUGGCCUUUGACUCGAUGCAUGUCGCUGUGCGGUGCGUCUCCAUACAGACAGACGUGAACGGCAGUGCAAGCUUCCCGCGUACACCAUGGAGAAAGGCAUGUUAAUC